UUUUUGGGCAACCCUCUUUUCUAAAGCUAGCUUCUCUCUAACAAUGGAAACACAUCUCAACAUAGAGAAGAGUGCUUCUCAAGUUACCUUAACCUCCUCCGCUAUCUUCGCCGUAUCAUCUUCCUCCUCCUCCUCCUCUUCCACCGCCUCAUUGUCCUCACCUACAACAUCUUCCUCUUCUUCAUCAAUAACUUUGAAUUUCUCUGAGGAUACCAACUCUAAAAGAAAAGCAUCUCGAAGAUCAUUACCCGUUCUAGAAGAUGAUGAAAACGUCGUGAAACAGCGAAAGACCAGCGGCGGAGAUAAGCAUCCGACGUAUAGAGGAGUGCGGAUGAGGAGUUGGGGCAAAUGGGUGUCUGAGAUCAGAGAGCCGAGGAAGAAAUCAAGAAUCUGGCUCGGAACUUAUCCAACGGCUGAUAUGGCUGCUCGAGCUCAUGAUGUGGCGGCUUUAGCCAUUAAAGGUACAACGGCUUAUCUUAAUUUUCCUGAAUUAUCCGGCGAGCUUCCUCGUCCGGUCACGAACUCUCCUAAAGAUAUUCAAGCCGCUGCCACAGCCGCCGCCGUAAAUUGGCAAGACUCCGAUGUAGCUGCAUUAGAGGAAGCCGAACCGAGUCGAGAAGUGAUGGCUCAGUCUUUGUCAGGUAGUGUGGUGUUUUCUUCGGACAUUACAACUCGAGAGAUGUCGGAAACUUCGUGUGCGGACAAAGAGAGCGACGAAGAGAAGCUGUUUGAUUUGCCGGAUUUGUUUAAUGAUGAGAUGAUGAUACGAGACGAUGCGUUUUGUUAUUACUCGUCCACAUGGCAGCUUUGUGGAGCUGAUGUUGAUGAGCCGAGUUACUUUUUCAAUGACCUAAAUCACACUCCAGCUCACUCUUAACACCUAAUUAAUUUAUCCUGCUUUUUCAUUUUCACUAUUUACGUUUGUUUUUCUUGUUUAUUUUUUUCUUUCAAAUUGAGUAUCAGUGAUUUUUUUUGGUAAAGAAAUGGGUUCAUUUUGAUUUGUUUAGCAAAAUGUGUUUGAUGAAUAUUCUUGUAAUAUAAAUGUGGUGAGAA